AUGUCCCACCUACCCUACAGUCGAAUCGCACUGCGCGAUAUGGAAAACCCCACCGAGGCCGAGCCGGUUCAGGAGGUGAAAUACACACCAAGCUCGUCCUCGACCGGGGCAAAUGUCGACUUCGAGAAGCCUCAGAAUGCCCGCAAGUCCCGGAGAUGGGAUGUGGCCUAUUCAAGCAAUGAGGGCUUGAUGCAGGGCACGAAAAACAUGCGAAGAGCAACCAUAGACGCCGCCUCUACGCUCCGGUCCGACGAAGGAUGGCGAAAGCCUAUGCGCCAUACGUUUGCUUUUCUGACCUUUUUCAUCUUCGGCCUUCUUCCGCUCAUCGUAUACUUCACCAUACUGGACCAGCCCUUCAAAGCGAAGCCCGUAACGUGCGGAGACGCCGCUCAGGUCAGAGAAGACACGCCGGGGAUCGAAGGCUUGUUCACCAUCGACCGCACCGCCGGCAGUUUCCCGUUCUGGCUGGCAAAACUCUUGGAUACGAUAUGGGACCUCGUCGUCGCGCGCGGCAUGCAGCUUUUGGCCGGCUGCAUCAGCUACUCCGUGUUUUGCAAAGCUAUGCUGCAUGCCCUCGAGGCAUCGCCUAUCCCUUUCCGGACCUUUACCGGCCUGGCAAUGAACGGUGCGUCGCUUUGGACAGUCGGUUGCAUAAUAAGAGAUCUUGGCCGCCACAGUCGGAAACGCACAGUCUUGCUCUUCAUCUACGCCGCAGUGGCCCUGGUAUACGUGCUCGCCAUCCCAACCCUGUUCUCAACCAUGACCGGAUACAUCAGCGUAUCUUCAGCCUUUACGAAAGUCCCUGGAACUUCGCAGUUCGUCCCGACAGACGAUUUUGUGCCCGGCUAUACGUUUGUCGGUUUGGAAGGCGUCCCAGACAACACCUGCAUAUCCCAGGAGAUAAUCGCCCCCAUUUCGUACAAGUUCAAUGCCAGAGAAUACACCUGCAACAGCACCUGCCUGACGAAUUUCCCCAACGGCACGCACAAGGACCUAGCAACAGGCGCGCUGCUCUACCCCAUCGACGAAUACGCCCUCCGACCCCUCCUCGAAAACAAAACCUGCACAUACUUCCCCAACGAAACCUACACCGGCCAGCAGCUCUUCGCCUCCUCCGCCGUCGUCAACCCCGCCGCCGCCGCCGCCGCCAUGCAGAACCUCUACAACCCCACCCACACCCCCUACAACUGCACCGGCCCCCUCACCCUCACCAUCGCCAACAAAACAUCCAUCCCCUUCGCCACCGCCCUCGCCCACACCGCCCCCUCCCUCGGCUACUGCUACAACGACCACGGCUUCGACUCCGCCCUCGUCGCCGCCUCCGGCCGGUGCCUGCCCGACACGAGCAGUAGCAGCUCUGCAUCCUACCAGUGGGGCUUCUCCGCCAUGCUGGCGAGCGCCGUGCUGGUCGUGCACGCGGCGUGGGCGGCCGGGCUGUAUGCGGUGUGGGUGGAGGCGGAGUGCCGGGGGGAGGAGGCGUGGAAGGGGAGGCGGUUGGGGCAGCUCGGGGCGGCGUGGUUUGCGGUGAGGGUGGCGGAGGGGGAGGGGAGGGAGGGGCCGGAGGGGGUGGAGGCGGUGGCGGAGGCGAAGGGGGGGGGGGGGGGGGGGGGGGCGGUGGGGGGGGGGGGGUUGGGGGGGGGGGCGUGGGGGGGGGGGGGGAGGGGGGAGGGGGAGGGGGAGGGAGGGAAGGGGUGA